AUGGCCGCACCAGAACCCCCUCUUUGCUAUGUGGGUGUGGCCAGAAAAUCCGCUGCUUUCCGCCUCAUGAAACAAAUGGGGUGGGAAGAAGGAGAGGGGCUUGGGAAAGACAAGCAGGGGAUCAAAGGCUAUGUUAGAGUCAAAAACAAGCAGGACACUACUGGUGUUGGUGUGGAGAAGCCCAACAAUUGGGCAUUUGAUACAACCCAAUUUGAUAGUAUCCUCAAAAGAUUGAAAGUGCAAUCAGCGGAACCUAGCGAUGAAGUUGCUGGGAAGAACACCACUCAAGUGGAAAGUGAUACUGAAUUGCCUACUGAUGUUAAGGAACCAGUUGUGAAGUUUACUCGGCCACAGGGAAGAUAUAAGAAAAGAGAAAGAGGAAAGCUUGUUAAUGCUUAUUCUGCUAAGGAUAUUGAAGGAAUCCUUGUCAGAAGGGCGGAGUCUCCAGAGAUAAAUUUUGAUCUGGGUGGAGAAGUGGAGUCAGAGAAGGCAUCUGAGAUUCAAGUUAUAUGUCCUCCUGAAGGAAAUGCAUGUAAAGAGCUUCCUCCAAAUUGGUGGGGCCAUAAAUAUGGGUUCAUCCCUGGGGGUUUGCUUGGAGCAGAGUUGAAAAGAAGAAAAUCAGAAAAGUCUCAAAGUAAUGAGAGGACUAUGUUUUACGAGGACGAUCAAGUAAAUCUUUACAAUCUUGUUCAGGAUAAAUCUACAACUGGAAAGCAAGGACUAGGCAUUAAGGACCGUAAAAAGAAAAUAGCUGGUUGCUACUUUGAGGGAAAAAAAACGUCAUUUAACGAUAGUGAUGAUGAAGAUUCUGCUGAUCUUGGAUCUCCUGUGAAACAAAAAGGAGAUGACUCUUUGAAAAUGGGAAGUGCCAAUGAACCAAAAGUAAAGCUGAAAAAUCUUUGUAAACAGCUCCUUCGUCAGGCACCUGGAGAGUCAUUGAAGCUUAAAACAUUGAAAGCUUUGAUUGACGAACAUUCAUCUUCUGUUUUCUCCAAUUUUUCUUCAAAGAAAGAUGCGCUUGCUUACUUGAGAGAAAAGCUGGAAGGCAACAACAAGUUCAUGGUGGAAGGAAAAAAAGUGAGUCUCACAUCGAGGAGGGGCUGA